GAGGACAAAGGCGGCGCGCCGCCUGUGUCAUCCGCCAUUUUGUGCGAAGCAAGGUGGCCUCCACGUUCCCCGAGCGUCUUCUUCGUUUCUGCCUCGACCGCCCCUUGAUCACAGACAUGUCUCGGGAUCGGUUCCGGAGUCGCGGCGGUGGCGGUGGCGGUUUCCACCGUCGCGGAGGAGGCGGUGGCCGUGGCGGUCUCCACGAUUUCCGCUCUCCGCCGCCCGGCAUGGGCCUCAAUCAGAACCGCGGCCCCAUGGGCCCAGGCCCAGGCGGCCCUAAGCCCCCGAUUCCGCCGCCGCCUCCGCACCAGCAGCAGCAGCAGCAGCCGCCGCCGCAGCAGCAGCCGCCGCCGCCACAGCAGCCGCCGCCGCAUCAGCAGCCGCCGCCGCACCAGCCACCGCACCAGCAGCCGCCACCGCCGCCGCAGGAUUCGUCCAAGCCCGUGGUUCCUCAGGGGCCCGGCCCCGCUACCGGAGUAGGCAGCGCGCCUCCGGCCUCCGGCUCUGCCCCGCCCGCUACUCCCCCGACCACUGGGGCCCCGCCGGGACCGGGUCCCACCCCGACCCCGCCGCCCGCCGUCACCUCCGCCCCACCGGGAGCGCCUCCGCCCGCGCCGCCUAGCAGCGGCGUCCCGACCACUCCCCCCCAGGCCGGCGGCCCGCCGCCUCCACCUGCGGGCGGCCCGGGCCCCGGGCCUAAGCAGGGCCCGGGACCCGGAGGCCCCAAAGGUGGCAAGCUUCCUGGAGGGCCGAAGCCCGGCGGCGGCCCGGGCCUGAGUGCUCCCGGGGGCCACCCCAAGCCGCCGCACCGAGGAGGCGGGGAGCCCCGUGGGGGCCGCCAGCACCACCCUCCCUACCACCAGCAGCACCACCAGGGUCCCCCGCCCGGCGGGCCCGGCGGCCGCAGCGAGGAGAAGAUCUCCGACUCGGAGGGGUUUAAAGCUAACUUGUCUCUCUUGAGGAGGCCUGGAGAGAAAACCUACACACAGCGUUGUCGAUUGUUUGUUGGGAAUCUCCCCGCUGAUAUCACAGAGGAUGAAUUCAAAAGACUAUUUGCAAAAUACGGAGAACCAGGAGAAGUUUUUAUCAAUAAAGGCAAAGGAUUCGGAUUUAUUAAACUUGAAUCUAGAGCCUUGGCUGAAAUUGCCAAAGCUGAACUUGAUGAUACACCCAUGAGAGGUAGACAGCUUCGGGUUCGCUUUGCCACACAUGCUGCUGCCCUCUCUGUUCGUAAUCUUUCACCUUAUGUUUCCAAUGAACUGUUGGAAGAAGCCUUUAGCCAGUUUGGUCCUAUUGAAAGGGCUGUUGUAAUUGUGGAUGAUCGUGGUAGAUCUACAGGGAAAGGCAUUGUUGAAUUUGCUUCUAAACCAGCAGCAAGAAAAGCAUUUGAAAGAUGCAGUGAAGGUGUUUUCCUACUGACAACAACUCCUCGUCCAGUCAUUGUGGAACCACUUGAACAAUUAGAUGAUGAAGAUGGUCUUCCUGAGAAACUUGCACAGAAGAAUCCAAUGUAUCAAAAGGAGAGAGAAACGCCACCUCGCUUUGCUCAGCAUGGCACGUUUGAGUAUGAAUAUUCUCAGAGGUGGAAGUCCUUGGAUGAAAUGGAAAAACAGCAAAGGGAACAAGUUGAAAAAAACAUGAAGGAUGCAAAAGACAAGUUGGAAAGUGAAAUGGAAGAUGCCUAUCAUGAGCAUCAGGCAAAUCUUUUGCGCCAAGAUCUGAUGAGACGCCAGGAAGAAUUAAGACGAAUGGAAGAACUUCACAAUCAAGAAAUGCAGAAACGUAAAGAAAUGCAAUUGAGGCAAGAGGAGGAACGACGUAGAAGGGAGGAAGAGAUGAUGAUUCGCCAACGUGAGAUGGAAGAACAAAUGAGACGCCAAAGAGAAGAAAGUUAUAGCCGGAUGGGCUACAUGGAUCCAAGAGAAAGAGACAUGAGAAUGGGUGGUGGAGGAGCAAUGAACAUGGGAGAUCCCUAUGGUUCAGGAGGCCAGAAAUUUCCACCUCUAGGUGGUGGUGGUGGCAUAGGUUAUGAAGCUAAUCCUGGAGUUCCACCAGCAACUAUGAGUGGUUCCAUGAUGGGAAGCGACAUGCGUACUGAGCGCUUUGGGCAGGGAGGUGCGGGGCCUGUGGGUGGACAGGGUCCUAGAGGAAUGGGCCCUGGAACUCCAGCAGGAUAUGGUAGAGGGAGAGAAGAGUAUGAAGGCCCAAACAAAAAACCCCGAUUUUAGAUGUGAUAUCUAGGCUUUCAUUCCAGUUUGUUUUUGUCUUUUCUUGUUUAGAUACCACUUUUAAAUUCUUGCAUUUUAGUAAGAAAGCUACCUUUUUAUGGAUGUUAGCAGUUUAUUGACCUAAUAUUUGUAAAUGGUCUGUUUGGGCAGGUAAAAUUAUGUAAUGCAGUGUUUGAAACAGGAGAAAAGUUUUUUCUUUUUACUUUUUCUUUUCUCUCCUUUUUUUUUUUUCUUUUUUUUUAAACUGUAUAAUGUCCCUCAAGUUAAUGGCAGUGUACCUUGUGCCACCGAAUUUCCAAAGUGUACCGAUUUUUUUUUUACUGUGCUUCAAAUAAAUAGAAAAAUAGUUAUAAUACUGAUCUUCAACUUUGCCAUUCAUGCUUCUAUGCACAUUAGGCUAGGUAUUCCACUUUGAAAGCAUGAGAGUGUUGAGGCCUUUGAAUGGCAGGCAUAUGCCAUUUCUGGGAAAUGUAUGUGGAGGCUAAGUAUUGCUUUCUACAAGUAAUUGCCCCCUUGUUUUAAAAAGAAGAAAUGCAGAUUUGAAGUAGUUCACGAUUGUUCGGCAUUAUAGGAAGCAAGCUGGUGCUAAGUAUUUUUAAAUGGUUAUGUAAGCAAAGCUGAACUGUAAAUCUUCAUUCAGGAAUAUGUAUUAAGAUUAUGGAAUGGGUAUAAGACUUGGUAGGGGGAGAAAGUGGGUUUGGUUAAUGGAUCUUUUAUGGCCCUAUGAUCUAUCCUUGGAAGUUUUUGAAAAAAGUGGAAAGAUCAUUUUGUCGCAUUUUCCCUAUUCUUGUUUUUAAAAGAACAACAAAUCCCAAGCCCUACAAAUGGCUUGUAUUGAACUUUUACAUUUGAAUUAAAGAUUGUUAAACAUAA